AUGUCUAAUCAAACACCUGAAGCGUUACAACUAGUAAAACAGUUAGUUCAGCAACCGGGUAAUAACAUCUGUGCCGAUUGUCAACGUGAGCCUUCGAAAUGGGCAAGUUCUACUCUCGGUAUCUUCAUUUGCUACAAUUGCAGUGGAAUUCACCGUGCAUUAGGUACACAUAUCACUUUAGUUAGAUCUUGCACGCUCGAUGGAUGGACACCGCAACAAGCAAAAGUUAUGAAACGCGUUGGAAACAAAGUUGCAAACGAAUAUUGGGAAGCUAACCUUCCUGCCGAUUUUAUGAGACCUCUACCGACAGAUAGAUAUAAUAUGGAACGCUUUAUUCGCGAUAAAUACGAACGAAAACUUUGGGCUGGCGAAGGCGAGCCACCACAUUUAAGAAAACCAGGCUUUGCAAGGCCUAUCGGAAAUCCACAGCCAUAUCCUCAGCUUCCUAUUCAGCAAGCACCAGCUUCUGAGCCUCCUGUUCAAAUACACUACGUUCCACAACAAGAAAUUUCACAACAGCCUCAAUCUAUACUGCAACCAACAGAACAAAAACCAGCACCACAACCAAAGCCGAAAUCCGAAAAGAAACAGCCAGGUUUUAAGAAAUUCGCAAAACCACUUCACACAUCUCAGUCAGAAUCUCUCGAAAAUCUUCAUAGCCAAGAUCAACAACAGCAAUCGCCUACUCCAGAUCCAGAACCUGAGCCAGAACACGUAGAACAACAGCAAAAUCAAGAAGCCCCACAUUUACUCGAAUUUUGCGGUCCGAAAAAGCAAUCUUUGUUCAAGAAGAAACCUAAGGGCCCAGCAAGAUUCAUGAAAAAGCCUGUCGGAGAAGCUGUUAUCAAUCAGAUGAUUUCAUCUCCAGAAACAAGGCCUAUGACAGCUCCUGUCCAACCAAACAAGAAUGCAGCAUUAUCCCUCUUUGCAGGAAUGAAUAUUUAUCCAAACAAGAAUUGA